AUGGGUCGAUUUUCUAUCGUUUCCCACAGACGACGCCAAACUGUUGACGCAGAAAAAUGGUUCGGCAUUUUCCCGCACAACUUAGUGAUGUUGGGUCUUCGGUAUGCUAUGGGCCUCGGUAGAGCGCGUGAUCUGCAAGAUAACAAAUGCUUGGACGUCCUCACAGGAAAGACGAUUGGUUGUAGUACUUGGUGGGGCAAACUCUACUACUUGGACUGGCCACCGGAUAGUGAGUCUGAUGUUUGGGGACUUGCUAAAAUUGCCACUCCGGCAGGGGCUCGUUGGUUUGUCACAUUUAUAGAUGAUUGCACACUCAUGACUUGGGUUUCCCUUCUCAAAACUAAAGGGGAAGUCUGUUCCAGGUUCUUCGUUCUGACAAUGGCGGAGAAUUUCUCAACCAUGAUCUUAACUAGUUCUUACAAGAUCAUGACAUCAUACAUCAGCGCUCAUGUGCUUACACUCCCCAACAGAAUGGGGUGGUUGAAAGAAAGAACAUACACUUAUUGGAAGUCGUUCGUGCCUCUCUCUUUGGUGCCAAUAUGCCACGAUCCUUUUGGGGCGAAGCUGUCGUCUCUGCAGCAUACCUUAUCAAUCGAAUUCCCUCUAGUACCCUAA